GCGUUUUCUCACUAAUCACCCACUGGAUCAGAAAUCGCCUUUUUCAGCAAUGGAACUAUUUCCCAGUCCGUUUGGUGUCCUUCCAAUUCAACUGAUUUUUUGCCACCUAGCCCCGUUUUCCCUGGGAACCAGUUUAGCCAAAAUAUCGGAUAUUUUACCUGCUGUCGUCCAUAUCGACCCCCGCAAUCCGGAUAAGGCUACCGUGGGUUGUCAAAUCGGUCCCGUAUAUUAUAGCAAUACUAACUGUUCUUCGUUGAAAGACACCAAUUUCGCAACCAUCAUUUUCAACAAAAAGACCGAAGAGAUCCACGUGGUUCAUAAGAAACCAGAAUUUCUCUCUCCAUGUUUCAAAGACACCGAACCCUCCGCCACCAGCGACUCUUUGGCCGUUGAUCGGAAAGCUUUAACGGAAGCGUUUGGCUCCGUCAAGCGACAACGUGUGCUGAAGGAAAUAGAACGUCAUGCGGAUCACCGAGCAGCCAUGACAGACGCGGCUGUCAUCACGCGAACCAUGCAUGGGCAAAAGCGCCUAAAGUCCGACGUCGCAGACGCCGAAGCUGCAUCUUCAGGUGACACGCAACCCACUGAUGAACGGACGCGUCUACUGCCUCCUUUCAACCCUAACGCGGCUAUUCCACAAGAUGUUUAUAUGUUUGAUCGGCUCAUACCCUCACGAAUAUUGGAAGCCCUGGGUAGUGAAGCGGAGACUUUAGCGACUGCUCCAAUAAGGUCCUACGAGACGUGGUCCCAAGAGGGAUUGUACCAAAAAUGUGUGAUUGAUCGUCUUCUUCGGACUGCAGCCCUUGGCGGUUCAAAUGAGCAACAGAAGAAUUUUGGGAGUCGUAUGCGAAAUGCUCAGUGUCUAGCCUAUCUCAGUCAUAUGCUGACAUUGUACAAUUUGCCUGCCCGGGCUAUUCAACGUAAGCAACCCCUACCCAAUACCCCAGCUCCCGUGGCCAAGCACUUACUGAGCGAAUUCACUGUGAUGAUCAAUCAUGGAAGUGUAGGAAAAACCAAGCUUCGCUUCAUUUCUCCAGUUACUCGAGAUCGACUUAUUUAUCAUAUGCUCGCCCUUAUUCUACACUGUGACAACUUCGCCACCAUCGUAGACGAACUUACCGUCGAUUUCCGCUUGAGUUGUGACGCGUUACGGCGUUACCUUCUGUACAUGGGUUGUCGUGUGCACAAGGAAGAGACGAACGAAAGCGAGGGGACUGUUCAUCGAACGAAGGCCGUGCUCGUCACUCCGGUUAAAUUUCCCCAUGGAAGUUUACAUCGAACCAAAUCAAAAAACAUGCUUCUAUGA